CUGGAGGACGUGGCUGUGCAGUUCACCCGGGAGGAGUGGCAGCUCCUGGCCCCUGCUCAGAAGGACCUGUACCGGGACGUGAUGGUGGAGAACUAUGGGAACCUGGUGGCCGUGGGGUAUCAAGUUAGCAAACCAGAUGCACUCUCCCGGUUGGAACAAGGAGAACCGCCAUGGAGUUUAGAAGAUGAAAUCCAUUGUCGAUACUUUUCAGAAAUCCACAGAGUUAGUGAUCAUCUUCUGGGGAACACGCACAAAGAAAGCGGGGUGAAUAGACUGGAACAGCACCAAGAAAGUAAUGUAUUAGAAGAUACUGUUCAUCAGCACAGAAGUAAUUUUGCUUUCAGGCAAAAUCAUAGUAUGUUUGACUUCCAUGGAAAAACCGUGAAAUCAAUUUUAACAUUGAUCAAUCAGAGCAGAAGAUAUGAAAUAAAGAAGUCUGCUAAGAUUAAUAGAGAUGAAGAACUCUUUCUCCAUGCUAACCAUGAGCCAUUUCAUGCUGAAUUCAAAUUCUCUGAUUGUCAAAACUCCAAGAACACGAAGUCCCAACUCGUGAAGCACCACAACACUGACAAGAUAGAGAGACCACAUGUAUGUAGUGAAUGUGGGAAAGGCUUCUCCUGGAAGUCUGUGCUCAUGAAUCAUCAGAUGAUUCACACAGGAGAGAAGCCCCAUAGAUGCAGUCUGUGUGGGAAAGCCUUCUCUAAAAAGUACUUGCUCACUGAACAUCAGAGAGCUCAUGCAGUAGAAAAACCUUAUAAAAGCAUGGAAUGUGGCAAAGUGUUUACCAUGAAAUCUGAGCUCGAUAAGCAUCAGAAAAUUCACCCAGGAGAGAAACCCCAUCGAUGCAGUCUGUGUGGGAAAGCUUUCUCCCGAAAGUUCAUGCUCACCAACCAUCAUAAAGCUCACACAGGAGAAAAAACUUACGAAUGCACAGACUGUGGCAAAUUGUUUAUCACAAAAUCAGGGCUCGGUAUGCAUCGGAAAACUCAUACAGGAGAGAAACCCUGUCCAUGCAGUGAAUGUGGAAAAUGCUUCAGCCGUUGCCGUGGCUACUAG